CCCGGCUGGCUGCCCCCGCGCAUGGGAGGCGGACCCCCGGUGCGCCCCGGGUUCAAAGGCCCCGCGCGGCCAGCUCCAGCCCCUCCGGGGGGCGGGGAGGCGAGGGGGGUGGCGCGGGAGCCAGAAAAAGCCGGAGCCCACAGCGGCCGGCCCUGCGCGGGGCUGGGCAGCCGGAGCCGGGACGCAGCGAGCGGCGGCCGCGGACCCCACGGCUGCAGGGCGAGGCCAGCCGUGCCCCGCGGCCCCAGGCGCCCGUCCUUCUGGCCCGGUGCUCCCGCACCCAAUCGGGGUUCAUGGAGCUGGGGCUGUGGCUCCUUUUCGGACUCUCCGUGACCUCCGCCGCAGGAUCCGGGCCUCGCCCCCAGUCUGGGGAUGCUGGCGGGAGCGCUGUAUCCUGGAGCCCUGCUGCAGCCAGCCCUGAGGGGGACGGGGAGGAGACGGUGGCCACCAUGGUGCAGGGUCCGGGCCCCGGAAGCCUUGGGCAGGGGCAGGAGCAGGGAACAGGUCAGUCUGGGGAGCAGACGGCUGAGAAGGGCCCUGCCCGCCACCGUGCCAGGCGCUGCACGUGCUUCACCUAUAAGGACAAGGAGUGCGUCUACUACUGCCACCUGGACAUCAUCUGGAUCAACACUCCCGAACGGACUGUGCCCUACGGACUGUCCAACUACAGAGGGAGCUUCCGGAGCAAGCGAUCUGCGGGGCCUUCGACGUGGAGGCCUCUGCGCUGCUCCUGUGUGGACAGAGAUGACAAGGCCUGCGUGCAUUUCUGUGCCUGGACCUCGGGCGUCAGCAGACAGGUUGAAGCUGAGUACCGACAAAGCAAGUCAGCUGUAGACAGCCACCGUCAGAUGCUCACGCCUGGCCCUGGGCCUCACCUGCACCCCGCGGCUUAUGCUCACACCCUUCCGGGAGCCCCAUCAGGGAAAGCUUCUGCAGCUCCCCACUGGGGAAAGGCUUCAGCCAUUGGUCCUAUGUGGGUCAAGUUUCCACCUUUUUGAGGAAAAGGGAUGACUUGUGCCUGGGAGAAAACCCACCCAAAGAGCCCUCACUUAAUAAUACACUCCCACCCCAAGAAUGGUCAAAUCAAAAUGACACCAGUUUCCCUAACAAGUAAAAUGAUCCCAGAUGUGCCCCAAGUCCCCAUGCCUACAGCUCUGGUUUCACACAGGAAAUUGCUUUUGGAGAGGAAUGACAAGUUGGAAAGCCACUUACUGGCUUGUGACAUGGAUCCUCUUUAAGAAUCAGUGGACUCCAAGCUGACUCUUUGCAAACGUAAACACAUGUCUGUCUUGUAAGAGACGCAAAACGCCCAUGUGGCGGGAGGGCGUGGGCACGGCAGCCAGCAUAGCGUCGUGCCAGUGAGGCUCGGCGGCCUCUCCUGCAGAUACGGAUUGCAGCUGCACAGGAGCUUAUGAGUUUGAAGCUUACUGGAUUUGGAUAGAAAUCUACAGCUGUGCUUGGUUGCCACCAAAAGAAUGCAUUUCAAAAAAGAGGAGGAGGAGGAGGAAGUAGAGGAGGAGGAAACAGAUAUCCACAUUUGCAAUAAGAAAAGAAGAAAAUUCCUAUCUGUUGCCUUUGAACUCUGGGACAUGCCCUCUGGAGCCCAUUCUUGUUCAAUGGACUGACUUUCGUGUCCUUUCUGGACACCCAGGCCGGGGCACGGAGGAGUCCCCAGGCCUUGUUUGCAAGAAGCUGGCUGGGAAGACAGCCCCAGCUCAAGGCUAUUACGGUGAAUAUUUGCUUUCAUGAAUAAAUGUCGAUCUUUGGGGGAUGGCUUCAGAAUAAGCCAUGAGCACAAACUCUUUGUAAAUUAUGUAAAUUCCUAUUUAUCUAUAUAAUUGGCAACAACUGGGAAUUGUACUCCUGAUGGUUCACUUUCCCUUUCAGCUGCGCUUUUGCUAUCCCGCUUGUACUAGAUUGUGUCAGAAAAUGACUGUGCCAUGUAAAGCCACGUGCUGGGGGAGGGCCCCUCGCCCCCUGGGACCCAAGGGCUGGGCGAUGCGAACUGGCAUUUGGGUACGUGCCGAGGUCACGAUGUAGAGAAAUUUAAGAUGGUGAAUGACGGGAGUGUUGGCCUUGACCAAAUGCUAAUUCCAUAUGAGUGUUUCAUAAGUUAUUGCAAGUAUGAAAGUGAAUAUCUAUCACAAGGAAAUGGAAUUGACUGAUUUGCCAGUGGAUUUUGUACAGUUUAAAGAAGUGAUUAUUUAUUGUGAAACUAUUGUCUACUUCAGCCCCUUCUUUAUGUGGAUCUUUUAAAAAUAAAGUCACUGUGUGUAUAUA